GUGUGUCGGACGUGGGUAUGGAGGAGAUAGACUUGGAGAGGGCCAGCACUGUGGUUGAGACGCCAGAGCAGCGGAUGAUGCACCUGCUGGAAGUAUAUAAGAGACAGAGGGAGAGAGGGGGAGACACACAUUACCCUCUCUGUGUGUGUCUGUGUGUGUGUAUAGGAGUUGGUUGGGUAUACGAUUUUUCAUUUCCACGACGAGGAGAACAUGUUCAUCAAGCACCAGCUGCCCGCCAAGCGCAUGACGCGCCACGUCCGCUUCCACCAGGCCCUCGUCGAGAAAGUCGGAGACGUCCUGCUCACCGUCGACUUCACCAGAAUGGCGGUCGGUCAGCCUGUGUGUGUCUGUAUGUCUCAAAGUGUGUGUGUGUGUGUGUGUUGAUGCUCAUGCGCGUGUGUGCAGGUGUGGGACGACUUGAUAGCGUUUUUGAAGGACUGGCUGGUGCUGCACAUCAUCAAUGUCGACCAGAAGGACUCUGCGCUCAUACUACAGAGGCAGAACAAGUGGAAGUACAUCCCGUGAGUUUUUCCCCUGACUCCUCGGUUUUCAGGCUGUGUCUCAGCUCGGUCUGUCCUCCUUAUUUUUUUGCCUUUGUUGAAGACCGCAGUGCACGUGUGACGUGUGCGUGGGAGUGUGUCUGUGUGUGUGUUUCUUCUACAUGGUGUGAUGCUGGGAGCGAUGGUCAGUCGGGCGGCCUGCUGUUCGAGCUCCUCGACGAUGAG